UUGUUAUAUGGAACCCACACCUACCCUUCCCUUCUCUUUCUUUCUCCAAAAACAGCAGUCAACCACAAAGUAAAAAAGAGAAACAAACCCCACCACUAAUUCCCACUUGUUACUGAAUUCUUUUUGGCUCAAAAGACUUUGCAUUUGCAGCAGCAGCAGCAACAACUUAAUUUUCAAGUCUCUUUCUUCCUUUCUUUCCUUCUUUCUUGCUUGGCUUAAUGUUUUCAAUUCAUUUUGUCAAUUAGACAAAUGUUGUCAAUUCAUUUUGUCAAUUAGAUAUCAACAAGAUAUCUUUGAUAGAACCCCCCUUACCCUUUCACCUUACUUAACCCCCCCCCCCUUCUUCCCAAGAUGGAAUUUAUGGAACCACAUAGGAAAAAGCAAAGUGGUGGUAGUAGUACUAGUGGCACAGACCACCACCACCACCACCAUCAACAUGCACAACAUCAACACAACAAAGAAACUCCCUCUUCUUUACAAUUAGUUUCACUUCAUCAAAGUCAACCUGACCCUCCUACCCCUGGGUCCAACCAACCCCACCCCCACCCCCAUGGUCCAUUCAUGGGCUCCAUUUCCAUGCAAUCAAGAACUCUAAUUUCUACUCCUUCCACCAAUAAUUCUUCCUCCUCCACCUACCCCCACCACCACCCCUACCACAACCCCCACCCCCAACAACGCGUUAUCCACAAAAGUAGUCAAGAAACCUUCUAAAGACCGCCACACCAAGGUGGACGGCCGAGGGCGGCGCAUACGCAUGCCGGCCUUAUGCGCCGCCCGGGUUUUCCAGCUCACCAGAGAAUUGGGUCACAAAUCUGAUGGUGAAACUAUUGAGUGGCUCCUGCAACAAGCUGAACCGGCAAUUAUAGCUGCUACAGGAACAGGUACAAUUCCGGCUAAUUUCUCGACUCUCAAUGUCUCUCUCCGUAGCAGUGGUACCACAAUUUCAGCUCCGCCGUCAAAAUCUGCGCCUCUCUUCAUCCACGGCGGCGCCACCACUAUGCUAGGCUUCCACCACCAGCUAUCCAACGGCAGUUUUGGGCAAGACCCAGAUGAGAAUAAUUACAUGAAAAAGCGGUUCAGAGAAGACACCAGUGGUGCAACCUCACCUUCAGGUGAUAAACCGGAAAGAACCGUAGGACAAGCUCAUGAACCGGGAUCAGAUUCUAAACCCGGUUCAUCACAAACUUCGAGUUUCAUCCCGGCUCCGGCCAUGUGGGCGGUUGCACCAGCUGGUGGUAACGUUGGUAACGCAUUCUGGAUGUUACCAGUGAGUGGAGGUACCAGUUCAACGACGGCUUCGGUCGGGGUGGCUCAACCGGACCACCAAUUGUGGCGUUCAAGAAUUGGUGGGUUCGAGUUCCCGGGUGGUGGCCGGUUCAGUCCGGUUCAGUUGGGUUCAAUGGUUUUGCAGCAGUCACAGCCGGUUCAGCAGCUGGGGUUAGGAGUUACAGAGACAAAUAUGGGAAUGUUGUCAUCAAUGAAUAAUGCAUAUAAUAGCAGUGGUAACAAUAGGGUUGAUUUGGGUAUGAAUUUGGAGCAACAUCAUCACCAUCAAAAUCAGACUCAAGGUAGUGACAGUGGUGAUGAAAAUCACAAAGAUUCUCAAUCAUAGUUUACAAAUCUCUAUGCAACCACUCCCAGGGUGUAUCAAGAAACAAUUUCUGUAUCUUUAUAAGGUAGGAGGAAAUUGUCUUUUUAUGUUCACAAGGUAGGGGUAAGAUCGACGUAUACAUGACUCUCUUCAAAUUCUACUCGUGGAACUACACUGUGUUUUACUGUAUUUGUUGUUAUUGUGGUUGAUGUAACCACUGCAAAAAAGGUCAAAGUAAAUUGAAGAAAAAAAAGUUCCCAUUUAAUGACUUCUUGAUUGUGUUUUCUUAGUGUAAUUAGGGAGAAGAUUGUGUUCAUUGUAAUUUUCUUUUUUGACU